AUGUAUACAAAUAUGCAGCAAACUUCGGAUUGUAAUUUUACUUUUAAAAGCAUAACUUUCAAGCCAGCUCCCCAUCACCUACCACUGUCCCCAGAAUCAGCUCCCCAUCACCUACCACUGUCCCCGGAACCAGCUCCCCAUCACCUACCACUGUUCCCAGAACCAGCUCCCCAUCACCUACCACUUCUGACCUCCCAUAACCACGUCCACCAUCUCAUCACACACUGUCCCGGAACCAGCUCCCAUCACCUACCACUGUCCCCGGAACCAGCUCCCAAUCACCUACCACUGUCCCCGGAACCAGCUCCCCAUCACCUACCACUGUCCCCAGAACCAGCUCCUCAUCACCUACCACUGUCCCCAGAACCAGCUCCCAAUCACCUACCACUGUCCCCAGAACCAGCUCCUAAUCACCUACCACUGUCCCCGGAACCAGCUCCCCAUCACCUACCACUGUCCCCAGAGCCAGCUUAA